GAGGUCGGUGGGAGGGGAGCCGGAGUGGGACGCGCACCGCCCAGGGCUGCACAAAAAGUUUGGAAAAGUCGUGACUCCGCCACAUCGCCGACACCGACACCUCUGCGCCUGUGGAUUAUCCAAAGGAAAGACCCCCAAGAAACUUGAACCCGAAAAUCAUCGCUGCUCCGCUGCCAGACAAGGACGCCUCAACCACUUCACCCCCUCCGAGUACCUUCACACCCCAGAGAGCCAAGACGCAGCUUCCGACCCAGCGCCUCAGACUUACACCUAACAGACAUGGAGGGUCACAUGGCGCCGUUUGCCCUGCUUCUGUGCAUCGCCGCCGCAGCCUCCGCCUCGAGUCAGACGUGUGAUCCCAAACACGUCAAUGGCAACCCGUGGUUCCAAGUGAGAGAUAUGCUCCCUGGCUGUUGGACGAGCUUCGUCACGGAGGACCAGGCAGAAGUCCACAUCCUCAGCUUUUCCACCACGAUGUUCUCUCUGGAGAUGACAAACGCCAAGCGGAUGAACCUAAUCCUCACAGCGCCGGACACAUUUCAUGCUAUAUCCAACAUCAACGCUGGCGUCAACAUUUAUCUGAACAAUAACUCCUCAAUUGUCCCACACGGUAAUACACCCCCCAACAAUGUCCACAAGCAAGACUUCCCCACUCAAGACGAGGAGCUGGUCCAGUGGGCAACACAGAGGUUUGGCGGCGUGACGUCCUUCACCACGGUCCGAAACCUGAAUGCAAUCUCAACGACGGGAACAACAGGAACCAAACCUGGCUCUCGUCAUUGCAACCUUCAAAAUGAAGAUGCGUCGGAGAAGCACUUCAUGGAGAUCACGAGUGCACCGUUGGCUCCUUCGUUCACGUCUUGCUCGCCGCAGCAGCCGAAAAUCCCCAGGGAUGACAUGGAGCUUCACAUCGUGAACAUCCCAGAGAACGCGAACAUUUGUAAUGUUUCGCUUCGCGUGGACACAAAGAACAUCAGGGUUUUCCUGAGGGGCCCUCAGGGAACGACAUGGAUCGUUCUCAAUGCACAGUACACCCAGUUUGGCUCCAACAAUGACAUCCUGCUGCCCAACAUCCCACAAAGGAUCUCGCCUUUGCACACGCUGAACAGUGACAAUGCGAGGGAUGUGCAGAGGAAGGCGCUGGAGGUUUUCAGAGUCAGUACUUUCACCAGCUACACUGAACUGCGGCCGGCGGACUCUACGAUUCUACUGGUUCUCGUGAAAAGUGACAACCCCGCAGUCACAGAAUUAGUCCCAGGACCAGAAGCAGUCACUCCCAUUGCAGCGAGUGACCCACAUCAGAUGCCUCUGUUGAUGCAGCUGUACAACUCCCCCGAUUACCGAUCCCCCCUGGACCCCAACGCCAAGGUACAGAGUGACAAGAGGAUUUAUGCAGAGAUUUCCGGCCACACUUUAGGCGACAUCGUGUUGACCAUCAAGGUGAUCAGCUGCUUCGUGUACUCCAAGGGCUCGUGUCCCGUCGUGAAAGAGUUGCCCUUCAUCCCCGAGGCGUGCUCCUCAAAUUCUUGUCCCAACAGCACCCGACUCAGCUUCUCGCUAGAUCAGCUCCAAGAGCUGACGUCCACCACGUGGGACCUGGAGUGCUCCGUCAAACUGUGCUACAGUGAGAAAUGCGGAGACGGAGGAAGAGUGAAGAGGAAUCUGGAGGUUACUCAGCCGUGUCUGCAGCCACCGACCCAACCGUGCUUUGAUUUUGGCCUACCUGGUGUUCUGGGCAUUGCAUUUGGAGGGUUCCUGAUUGGAGUUUUACUUAUCGGAGCCCUGUGGUUCAUCAAAAUUAAAACAGGAUACCCAGCUGGAUUAGACAUGAGCUCGACUGCCGCAAAUCUUCCUGGAUGUCCCUGCUCGGGAGCAAAACGACAACCUGUUUCCAACAACCCUUCCCCCUCCGAGAACAGCAGCGCUAAUGCAAGCAUUGGAAGCACCCAGAGCACGCCGACCAGCAGCAUGGCAUGAGAUUAUGCUAAUGUCCACCACCAGCGGGGCCACCAUCUCCCUUCAAAGUCACCUAUAUGGGUGUUGUGCUUUUGUUUUCUUUAAUAAAUGCUUAAAAAGCAUUUUCCCCUCCCUGCCCCCUUUAAAUUCCCAAUUUAAAAAGCACAACCCACGGGGCCGGCUGACAAAUAACAGAAGUCUGAUCCGUGGCUUCUGACGCUCACCUCUGUAGCUUCUCUGUCGGACUCUUCGACGGGAAGUUAAAGAGGGCAAGCGGAAAAGAAAAGAGAAAAAAAAAAAGGCUCCCAGCAACAGGAAAAACAAACCAUAUCCCCCAAGAGCUAACAGGAAAUUCACUGCAUUCCUUCCAAUGAAUUGUGCUCGUGUGAUGGCGGCACAAUAAUAGUCAGACAUGAGACAAACCGGUCAAAAGAUUGACUUUGAAAAACAGAUGAAAAGCUGUUUUGCAUUCACAUCUAAGCUACCAAAAUACAAAGGGCCUUUGGCUAGGUCAGUCCAAAAAGUUAUCAACAACACCUCGGGGACUGACAAGCUCAACACGUUCGGAUCUCUCAGCCAAUUAAGUGCUCACUUUGAGGGGUGUUUGUCCUAAUUGGAGUUUGAGGUCAAUGGUUAACAGCUACAUCCUAUUACGAAGAAGUCUGGAGCUAAGUUUAAACUCAACGCUGGAUUUCUCUGGUGAAUUGAUCUUACUUUCUGCCUCUUUCAUGUUUUUUUUUUUCUUUCUUUAACAUUGCAGAAUGUUAUAUCUGACCCACUGAGUCAUUUGUAGCACACAAAAGAAAGUUAUGGUGCCAUUUUCGUGCUAUGCCAUAGCGGUAUCAGGUCUUUCUUAUCAAAAGAGGGUUUUUUCCGCCCCGGUUUUUAUUGGAAGUUCCAUAAACAUAUCAUAUUUUCUAAUCACCCAACAAAAUAAAUGAAACAAAUAAUGUUUUUGGCCACACGGUAGCAAUAAACUAUAGAGAAAAGGAGCUCGGAAAUAAUCACUCUUGGACCACAUGCGGAGAUGUAUGGCUGUAUUCAGAGCUGAGUAAUGUGGCCAUAAGGAAGGGUUGGCACCGAAAUCCUGCUCAUCAGUUAUCAGGCUCAUAUAUGGACUCAUACAGCUCCAUUCACAGGGCGGGGUUUCCCCAAAAUAGCCAGGAUGUUAAAUUCCAGUAUUUUUCCAUUGCACAAUGUCCAAUCUCAUCGGUAUUAGUUCAUCACCUGUCUGCCUGACAAUUUCUCGCAACCAUGAAAUUCAUGCCUGUGAUAAACAUACUGUGCGCAAAGAAACGCAUAUGAAGACCCAAGUGUUUUAAGGCCAAUUUCAUUUUAAGCCUGUAUAUUAGGCUGCAGCCGUUUAUGGUAUAUAAACCAUUACUCUUCCCUUAUUUAAAGAGCAGGACUUUGACAUUAAGCGUGUGUAAAUUGGGCAACCUGCUCCCUCAUGUUCAAUGUCACAAUGCCACUAAUUGCCACUAAUGCGCUGCUCUGUCUCGUGAUCUGAGUUGAGUGCACAGAAGGGAAACAAUUUUUAGACCUCUAAUGGAUGUUAUGGAUCUUUUUUUUUCCCCGCCUUGACGAACAAGUCAUCAUUGAGCCAGGUUGCCUCCUGGAAUGCGACCAAACUCCUAGAAAAGUAUAGGUACAAAACAGUGGGCUGUGAUAUUUCUAUAAUAAUUUGAUAUUUAAUUAGAAUUCCUCACGCAUGAGGACAUUAAAUCUGUGCAAUCUAAGGAAAAUGUUUGCUUUGAAUUAGUGUUCAAGUAUUGAGUUUAAGCUUCCUUCGCUUUUUUUAAAGCUUCAAGCAUAAAUUACACAAAUUAGUCACCAGCUCUGAAUACAGCUUAUUUGAACUCAAUAGUAUAAACACUGGUCACAAUAAUAUAAAAUCACAUUUAGUUCAUUCUGUGUGUAAAAUAUAUUUGUCAGCAGGGUUUUUUUUGCUUUAACCCUAUGAAGACUACUUUAAAAAAAAUUCAAAUCUAGCUUCAUGUUCAGCCGCACAGAACAUUUGUAAUGACACGAAAACUGUCAUUUUGGGAGAAAUGAGUUUCUCCUUUCUACAUUUGACAAGUUGAAUGAGCCACUGCAGUGCUGAUGUGAGACAGAAGUGGCCCAGUUGUAUGAUGGUGACUUCCAGAGUGACCGUUGAUCUGUGAACCCACUGCUUGUUUCACUGUACAAGGGUAAUUGUAUUUUAUAUUUUUUCUCUUUAAAAGAAAAAUAUGUCACAUGCCAAGCCUCCUUUCCAAAAAAAAUCAGUUUGUAUCCAUGAUACAUAGAAUCGUGAUGUCAAAACUUUUCUUGAAAUAAAUUCCAUAUACUGAAUUACUAUUACUGAUGCAUAUACAAACAUAUAAAUAUAUAUAUUCAUGUCAUAUAGUAACUCACUUUAUUUUAUGGUUUCUUAAAAUAAUUUAUUCACCUUCUAAUCUCAACAGUGUUCAGUUUUCCCCCCCAGACGAAUGACAUUUGUGAAAUUUCUCCUCAUUGUAUGUAUUUGAGCUGCGUAGCUUAUUUUCCUGGUGCAUGUACGCUCUUCUGUACAUGCCCAGUUAUCUUUUGUGUAUCUGUGUGGAGACAGAACAAAGAGGGCCAGUACAAAAUGCCACUUGAGUAUUUGUGCAAUAUGAUGAGGUUAACUUGUAUGUAAUGUCUUUAAGUAGUUUUUAUUAUUAUGUUGUGUUUUUUUUGUAAGUGUUGUAUGAUAUUCUUACUCUUCUUAACCUGCUUCAUUAUCUUAUGUAUAUGAAGAACUGGGACAAUUUCUAAUCAAGGCACUUAUCAAAUGCACAAGAUUUGUUUUGUAUAGUAAUAUUUCCUCUUUUUUAAAUCCUCAUAUAGAUUUGUGUUACGAUUAUAUUGCAGAUUUGGACAGUGCGCGUCACAUCACAUUUGGCUCUUACCGCUGUUUGACUUUUGCCCUCACUUUUAAAUUCCCCUGCAGUCCCAAAAACACUGCAUAUCUCUGCUGAUGUUGACCUCCUGACAUUGUGCUGUGUUCAUUGUGCUAUCUCCAGUGUGUGUGGUGGAGAAGGGAAUUCUGAGGUCUGAACAUGGACUGUAAAUAAAGAUGGACGACACACAAUAUCCUGAAUACACAUGCCACCAUCUUGCUCUUUUGACAUCAUUCGGAGCCAGAGUCUGCACAGCAGUGAUCAUGGUGUGGAGCCACGGUAACGAAGUUCUGCCGAUACACGUGCCCGACCAAUUGCGAGUCAGUCUUUGCUGCCAGUGAAGACAUUUCACUCCGUUUUUAUAGCAUCAAAUGAAUAAUUAAAACCAAACUCAUAAGAAAAGGAACACUUGAACAUACACCAGUCUUUGAGAAAAAUCCAUUUAACAUGUACUUUGAUCCUUUUUGUUUGGUCCAUGCCCCAUCCACUAACGUGGAGGAGGCCGGGUUUAUGACCUAUACUGCAACCAGCCACCAGGGGGCGAUGCAGAUGAUUUGGCUUCACUUUUGGGGAGCUGUCGUGUCGGCCAUCUUUGUACAGUCUGUGGGUCUGAAAGACAGAAUGUUGCACACAUAGCAGCGCCGCAAAAGCAACAUUGUCAGUUUUUAGAGAACCUCUAAACCAAAGUAACAACGCAACAAUUUCUGGUUAUUUUUUCACUCAUAUAUGGAAAAUGGCUGAAUUAGAAAUUAUUUUUUUCUUUUCUUCAAAAGGUCAGGGAUUCAGGUUAUACCUGUAUAUAAAUUCAGAUUGGCUGUCAGUUAAUUAACUUGUUAACCCUGCAAAUCCCUUCACCGCUUUCUCCUCAGGCAUUCUACACAGUUAAUGAAAUGUGUGUUUGUGUGUGUGUGUGUGUGUGUGUUUGUGUGUGUGUGUGCGCGCGUGUGCCUGUGCGUAGGUGUACAAAAGAAACUAUGCCUACAUUUUCAGUAUGUUGCAAAUUCUUCCUCCAUUCUCUUUGCAAAUUAUGAAUUCUCACAAAAAAACUAUGAAGCCUGGACAACAUGUCAGAAUGGCGGCUUUGAUUUUAUCAAGUAUGAAACGUGAAAGUGUUAUUUUUGUGCCAUUGUGCUGCCUCUAUACCAUUUAAAAUGGGUCCAUAGGUGUUUAGAUAGGAUUCAACUGAUACAGUAUCAGAUUUGUCUGGAAUUAUCUCAAUAAAGGGAAUAUGACAAACCCUU